UUUUGUUGUGAACUCCAUUCACUUGUUCACCGCCUGCCAGGUCUCCUCCCAUUCCCUCUUAAAAAAUUCUGCUUCGUCCCGCAGCACAUUCUCAGAAACCAAUUCAAAACCACUAUUAUAUAGACUAGUGAAUAUUUACUGGUGGUGAUAAUCCAAAAAUUCCAUUCUCACGAUCAUUUCUACAAAUACCAUAGUUGCAUCGUCUUCUUCCGCGAUGAUUAUGAGCUUUACCCAUCAAGAUUCUGCAUGAAUUAAAUCGAGUUCUUUUAGUCAUGCGAUCUCAUAAUUCUACACUAAUCUCCAAAACCUUUCACCCUAGUCCUCCUAUUUCCCGAUUCCGUUAUCGUUCAUCUGCUUUAUGUGCAUUGCUGGCACGGGUGUCACUUGAUUCCGGUACUUUUAACGGGCUUAAAUCUUAUGCUUAUCUCAAGCAGGUUGGUGUUGGGUCAGGAGCUAGGCGACAUGGGUUUCUGUUGCGGCACAAGACUUUUCAUGUUAAUGCUAUGGAUGAGGGUUCAUUCGACGUUUCUUCAUUCCAUGACUGGGCAGAUACUGACGGGCCUGUUGAAUAUGCAUUCUCAUCAAGUGAAGGGGAAGAUAGUGAUAGUGAAAUGAUCUUACAGCCAAUAACUGACGUCGAUUUGCCUACCAGGAAAGAGCACUUCCAUCCCACUGAUGACUCUGUCACUCUGGCAGCUCAUCGAUUUGCAACACUUGGCAGGGCACAGAAGAAAAGAAAGUCUAUAUAUGGGAUUCUGAAUAAUUUUGGAAUUCUGGCUUUCUUGAUAGCCAUGUUUUCACUUGUGGACUGGUGUGCAUGGCGAAUUGUUAGAUUGCCCUUACCACCUUUUUAUUUGAUACGGCCUUUUGCAAUAUCCAUAGCUAUGGUGUGUUUUGUAGGAUAUAUAUGUGUUCCGUUGCUUCGUAGUUUGAAGCUUCUAUCUAUAAUUAGGAACGGUCCAGCUCGACACUCUUAUAAAAGCGGAACCCCUACUAUGGGUGGCUUAUAUUUCAUUCCAAUUGGUAUAAUAGUUGCAGAAGUUAUAGUUGGCUUUUCUUCUAUUGAAGUUUCUGGAGCAGCGGCUGUUACUCUAGUGUUUGCAGCCAUUGGACUCGUUGAUGAUCUAUUGAGUCUCAAAAAUAACAAUAAUGGUUUAUCUGCAAAGAUGAGAAUUUUGUUGGAGAUAGCUGCAACAACAUGCUUCUUAUGUUGGCUCUAUACCGCGGAUAUAUCAUCACCCUACAGCAUGAAAAUGCUGGUUCCAAUGCCAGCUCCACUUGGUCUUCUGUGCCUUGGAAAUUUUUAUCCAUUUUUAACUGCAUUUUGCUUUGUUUCAAUGGCGAAUGGAGUAAAUUUCACAGAUGGUCUUGAUGGAUUGGCUGGUGGGACUGCUGCAUUGGCUUUCACUGGGAUGUCAAUUGCUGUUCUUCCAAUAUGUGCUGAUCUUGCUGUGUUUGGAGCCUCAAUGGCUGGUGCCUGUGUGGGUUUUCUUUUUCACAAUCGGUACAAAGCAUCUAUAUUUAUGGGCAACACUGGAGCCUUGGCCUUGGGUGGAGCCCUUGCUGCCAUGGCUGCCUGUACAGGAAUGUUCUUUCCCUUAUUCAUUUCAUCAGGAAUUUUUUUCCUUGAGGUUUUGUCAGUUAUAAUGCAGGUUUCUUUCUUCAAGACCAGCAAGCACUGGCGGGGAACUGGCUACCGUUUGUUUCGGAUGGCACCACUUCAUCAUCACCUAGAACUCUGUGGAAUAAAAGAACCAAUAAUAGUUGCUGGUGCAUAUGUUAUUUCAGCUGUGCUGGUCUUUUUGGCUGGAUACAUUGGUCUCAUUUCAGCAUAAGUUGAUGAAGCUUUCAGUCAUCUCCUCAAGUUCAUUUGGCUGCUGUCAGGUUUCUCUUUCAUUUUCGUGUUUGGUUGGACUUGCUAGUUGCUACCUCAAAUUCUUUGAAGGCGCCUAAUUUGAGUUCCUACAAUUUUUUAAACGUGCCAUUACUGUCCCAAGGGAUUUAGGUAGAUGUUAAACAUUCUGAAUGAAGACACUAGGAGUGUGUGUGGCAUUAAUGUCUAUGCUUGUCUUUUUCCAGAAAGUCGGAUACGGAUGAGUGCACUCUUGGCUCAGAUUAUCAUACGUACUAAAGACUAAAGUGCAAAAACUCUAUACAACCAUUAAAUUAUUCGAAUUGCAUAA